UCGGGUGUUCCAAGAGCUUCAGUGCUGUACGACGUUGGGCAGAAGUAGAAACAGUAAUCCGGCUCUCUUUCCUCAUACAAGAUGAAACCCUGGGGACGGAGCGAGUACUGGGGGCUGGGGGCAGAAUACGACCCCGACUGGGUACUGACGGAGGCUCAGAAGGAACUACGCACGGAACUCAUCGAAAUGUGUCGGACUAAGAUACGACCACGAGCGCCUCACUUCGACCGCACCUAUGAGUACCCGAGGGCAUCUAUGAACGACUUGGCUGAGCUGAGACUCCUAGGUCUUCAGGUGCCGCAGGAGCUGGGUGGUCGAGGAGAGAACCACGUGUGUGUGAGCAUGGUGGCUGAGACCAUUGCUCGCUACGGAUGUCCCUCUACUGCUAUGGUUUAUUGCAUGCACCAAGCCGCAGUCACGACGAUGCUGUUUCGUCAUCACAGCAAUCCCCGAAUUCGCGAUUUGCUCUCACGCCUCGACAAGGAAAAGCUCGUCGGCACGGUGGUUUUCUCCGACCCCGCCACAGGAACCCACUUCUGGUAUCCUCUGUCUUCGAAGGUGCGGCAGAUAGACGAAAACACUGUGCAGAUGCUGAAGGUGGCUUCCUGGGCAACGAGUGCAGGUCUGGCUGAUUGGUACUCCGUGCAGACAGUGAGUCCUCAGCCAGGCCACUCCACGUACUCCAAUCUCUCCAUCUUCCUCGUGUUUAAGGAUGAGGUGCGAGCUUCGACAGACAACUGGAGCGCCAUGGGGAUGCACGGGAACCAGUCGGGGCCCUUGGUCGUCGAAGGGAAGUUCCCCCUCGACAGGAUGGUCGGCCCGGCAGGUGACGGAGGGAAGAGCAACGAUGAAUGCGGCAUCGUUUACUUCACCAGCCUUGCCUCAGCUUGGAAUGGCAUCGCCCUCGCUUGCCUCGACGUGGCCAAAAAACACGUGACUCGAAAAGCGCACGCAGACAUGGGCAUGCGCGUGUGCGACUACCCGACUGUGCAGGAUUAUUUCGGCGAGUGUAUUAUCAGCACCAAUGCAUCGAGGGGUCUGUUGCUGCUCCUGUUGCAAGCGGUGGAUGUUGCAACCCAGAAUAACAAGUGGGCGCUUCAUUCUGACCUUUCGUUUUUGCCGAGGUGGUGUUGUUGUUCAUGUAAGUUUACUGCAGCUAAGAAUGUUGUCAAGGUAUCAGACAAAAUGCUGUUUGCUUGUGGCGGAUCAGGGUACAGGACGGAGUUGGGUCUCGAACGGCUACUUCGGGACGGGAAGUCGGGGUGGGUGAUGGGCCCGACGAACGAGGUAAUUCGGCAGUUAGUCGGCAAGUCGGCGCUUAAUGGAUUCGCUUCAUUGGACCCCUGGGAAGAGCGGGCAGACCAGCGAGUCCUCCAGCAUGAGAUGCAGAAACUGUCCCUGGAAGAGAAAGGCGCCCUUGCUCAAAGACUCCUGCAGGAGGUGGAGGCGCAGAAGGAGGGAGCUGCCUCGCGUCACCCUUACCAAGAUACCGACUUCGAUAACCCUUUCCAUACGCGUCCUCCUGCCUGUGUGGCGAAGACGACUACCUCCGACGGCGUCCACCACGACCCGGCUCUUCGACCCGACUCGUGGACGGCCCUCAAACUCCUCUCCCGCGCCGAUCUCACGGGCAACAUGGCUGUUUUUACCUUCGCUUUGCCCAAGAGUACCGACCAUACGGGUUGUCUACCGGGACAGUAUGUUGUGGUCCGCGUGGUCAUCGCAGGCAAGGAACACCUCAGGUACUUUUCCCCGGUCUCUCGGCCCGAUGACUUCGGUCGCAUCGAGUUGGUCUUGAAGUACGAAACCCAAGGCGUCAUGUCCAAGUUUUUCCAGGAUUUGAAACCAGGAGACCAUAUCGAUUUCCAAGGCCCCUGCGGAGGGCUGGAGUACGAGGCCAACCAGCUGACGGCGUUGACAGUGUUGGCGUCAGGAGCUGGUGUCACGCCGGGCCUGCAGCUGGUGCGGUGCGUUGCCCAGCAGACCGAGGACGAGACGAAAAUCACGCUUCUGUAUUUCGCUGAGACGGUUGACGAUUUCCUGUGCAGAGAGGAACUUGAUCGUUACUGUGCAGAGAGAGACAGCCGCGUGCGUGUGGUAUACAGCGUCGGCGAAGCCCCACAGGACUGGGAGGGCGAAGAAGGGUUCAUAAACACCGACUUAAUCUCGAAACACGUUCCUGAAGCCGAUACUUCGAAGCAUAAAGUGGUUGUGUGCGGAGGGGUGACUAUGAGCAUUUCCUGCCUCCACUCCCUGCACAGUCUCGGCUACAAAUCCUCUUCGAUCUUCGUGUUCGGGCAGUUCGGAGCCGAGUUGGUGAGGAGUGUUUAUGGCAAGACCUGUAAGCUCUCGACUCAUCUGUGUGGCGAGGAGCUUUGAUUUUGAAGGAGGAGAAGAAGAAGAAGAAGAAGAAGAAGGGGGAGGUGGUGGAGAAGUUGGAGAAAAACGGAGAUGAAUUGUGAAAGGAAACGAAGAUGUGGUUUUAUGUCUCCUUAAUUUCCUUCUCUUUCUUUUUUUAAAUGUGUGUGUAUAACUUUGAGGAUAUGUGAUAUGUUCGUCAAAGUAUAUAUAUUAUUUUUAUAAAGAUUUAAUAGGCCUCUUGAUAUUUUAGACUUCAGGUGUUUUAAUGUACUUUCAUAAUCAUAAUAUAUAUAUAUAUUUUUUUAUGUAUUUUAUUAUGACACAAUUUCGCAUCUUAUCACACUGAUUUUAAGAAUUAUUACUAGAUAUUUUAGACGAAGCUCAUAGGUAUUUUCUAUA